UACCGGCUUUCCUCACUUCCGGGCGCCGUGCCACCUCCGGACGCCUUAUUUCCGGGCGCGCCUCACUUCCGGCUCCUCCGGCUCGGCCGCCCGGUCCUCAUGCUCCCGGCGCGGCGCCUGCGGGGAGUGGAGGACAAGUCACAGAUGAGGAAGGCACCGCACUAGGCGCCCCAGUCAUGGCAGCUCCGUGGAAGAGCGCUCUGCUGCUGCUUCUGGCAUCUCAGGCUGUCUCCUCGUUGAACGCCUCUGACGAGGAGGAAGUUCCAGAAGAAUGGAUCCUUUUGCACGUUGUUCAGGGUCAGAUAGGAGCUGGGAAUUACAGCUAUUUGAGGUUAAAUCAUGAGGGAAAGAUAGUUCUUAAGAUGCAGAGCUUGAAAGGUGAUGCGGACCUGUAUGUAUCCGAUAGCACCCUGCACCCGAGCUUUGAUGACUACGAGUUACAGUCUGUCACUUGUGGCCAGGACGUGGUUUUCAUACCAGCGCACUUCCAGCGCCCCGUGGGAAUAGGGAUUUACGGACAUCCAUCUCACCACGAGAGUGAAUUUGAAAUGAAAGUGUAUUAUGAUACAACGAUCGAACAGCACCCCUUCGGUGAGACUGCGUAUUCAGACGGUACAGAUACGAGUCGGAAGCAGGCUUAUGCUCCAGAAGAUGCAGCUCAAGAAGAGGAAUCUGUUCUUUGGACGAUAUUAAUUAGUAUUUUGAAAUUGGUACUUGAAAUUCUUUUCUGAUUCUUUGAACAUACUGUGGAGUGUAAUACCCUUAAUCUGUGAAGCUGAGUGCAGUUCGCUGUGAACCUAGCUACUUGUACCUGGUUGGAAUUCUGGUUACCUUUCCUAGAUGGGGGAUGGAAAAAUAAAGCCAUACAGUUUUGUUACCUCAGUCACCCCAGAAGUAUGAACAGCAUCAAGCACGAUAUUUAUUUUCUCUCUAAACAUCAAAAUUCCUGUAAAAGGAAUGUGCAUAAUAAAAUGUUUAAACCCCA